AUGGCUUCUUCUUCUUCAAUAUCUUCUUCAAGUGUUGUACCAACAAGAAAAAAAGGAGGAUGGACGUAUGACGUUUUUCUAAGUUUCAGGGGUGAAGAUACCCGCAACAACUUUGUUGAUCAUCUUUAUGCAGCUCUAGUUCAGAAAGGCAUUCACACCUUCAAAGACGACGAGAUGCUCGGUGGAGGCCAACCCAUUUCAGAAGAACUUGUGAAAGCCAUCAAAGAAUCAAGGUGGGCUGUUGUUGUUUUCUCUAAAAACUAUGCCACCUCUUGUUGGUGUUUGGAAGAGCUUUCCUACAUCAUGGAAUGCCAGGAUCAGAUGGGGGGUCAGAAGAAGUUGUUACCAGUGUUCUACCAAGUCGAUCCGUCUGAUGUUCGCAAACAGAAAGGAGAUUAUGCAGCGGCAUUCGAGACCCAUGAAGACAAAUUUAAGGAUGGAGAGAUGGAUAAAGUGAACAAGUGGAGAAAUGCUUUAAUUGCAGCUGCCAAUUUAUCUGGACAACAUAUCUUGCCUGACCAUGGGUAA